AUGGCAGCCGCCCAGGCAGCUCCGCUGGUGGUGGAUCGCUCGGUGCUGGUAGACCCGCAAGGGCGCUGGACCAUCGACGAGGUCGUGAACCGAGACUUCCAACCCGCCCCGCCCAUCCUGGCCCGAGGUUACAGCUCCUCCGUGGUUUGGCUGCGCGUGGCGGUGGCCCCCAACGACCUCAGCAGCUUGGUCGCCAUGGUGCGCCCGGUUUAUCUCGAUGAUGUGCAGGUGUAUGAGGAACUGGACACCGCGGCCCCAGGACAAGCGCCUUCAUGGAAGCGUCAGGUCGCAGGAGACCGGGUUGCCUUUCGGGACCGCCCACGGCAGGAACUGGCGUACACCUUCAACCUGCAGCCCACGCCUGGGCAGGUCAAGGUGUUUUAUGUGCGGCUGCAGACCACAUCGACGCAGGCUUUGAAUGUGACCGUGCGUUCGCUGGAAGAGACGCUGGACCAGAACAGCUUGCAGUUCAUGCUGGCAGGCUUUUACGCCAGCAUCGUUGCGGUGCUGGUCAUUUUGUCGGUUUUCCGUUUCUGGAUCACAUCGCAGCGCCUGUGGGCCCUGAAUUGCGUGAUGCAGUUCGUCAGCCUGUUGCUGAGUUUUGCCUUUCUGGGCCUGUGGGCCAAAUACAUGACCCCGGAUAACGGCCCGCUUACCGACUUCAUCACCUGCGUGCUGAUCUGCCUGCACUUCCACGUGGUCAAUGUGUAUUACGGCUUCUUCAGCCGUUCUUUCCAGGGGCCAAGAUGGGUGUUCUGGCUGCGCAUGGCAUGUGUGCCGGUCCUGGGCUGGCAACUGUGGGCUGUGGGCCACGGGCAAGCCUUGGCGGCGAUGCAGAUCAACACGCAGUUGGUGCUGUUCACCACCUUGUUGGGGCAAGUGGAUUUCUGGUUCUUCAAAAUCGAAGACCGGCCAUUGCGCCUCAUGGUGCGCGGCAUGUACACCGUGCAGUUCCUGUACCUUCUCUACAUGAUGCUGCCCUUGAUGGGGGUGGGGCAGAUGAGCGAACUGCACAUGAUGUCGGCCCUGCUGGUCAACUUGUUUGGCGCGGUGAUGCAGCACUUGGUGCUGAGCACGCGUGAUGCUCUGGUUUACCGCAACCAGAAACAGUUUGAAGCCCGCAUGCGCGAAACCCAGCAGCAACUGGAGUGGGAACUCAAGCGGCGUUUGGAGACUUCGGGCUUCCUGAGCAUGCUGCUGCAUGAGCUGAAGAAUCCACUGGCCAGCAUCCGAUUGGCCGCGCUCAAUUUGCGCCAGGACCGGGGCGGUCUUGGCGAACCCCAGCUCAACCGGCUCGGGCGCAUCCAGCAAGCGGUGGAGGGAAUGGACGCUGUAUUGGAGCGCUGUCGGCAGGUGGAUCGACUGGAGCAGGGCGGCAUUCGCUUGGAAUUCGAACCCACCGACGUGGUGGCCCUGUGGACUGACUGCCGAGCAAGUGCCUCCCCCACAGAGCGAAUCCAGGGAGAGGGGCCUGACACCUGGGUACUCCCCCUCGAACCCAUGAUGUUCAGGACCAUGCUCAGCAACUUGCUGGACAACGCGCUGGCCUAUUCCGUCUCCGGUUCGGAGAUCCACUACCGAAUGGGGCCAGAUCCAGCCAACCCAUCGUUCGGUCAGUUCCAGCUGCGCAACCGCCCCGGUAAACCCGGUUUUCCGGACGAGCAGAAGUUAUUUCGGAAGUACUACAGAGCGGAGGCUGCACACCAGCGCACUGGUUCUGGACUGGGGCUUUACCUGGUCAAGCAACUGGCCAUCUUGUGCGGUGGGGAUCUACGCUACCACCGCGACGGCGAUUGGGUGGUGUUCGAAUUGACAUGGCCGCUGCAUCGCACUUCUGAAUCAACGGAGCAUCUUCCUCAUGGCGGCUGA